AAAAAGAAAAGCUCUAAUGAUCUAACACUGCGGAGUAUUCAAGCCAUAUUUUAUUGAAUGAAAGGAUUUAAAUAGACUAUUCUUUCCUACUAUGAACCAAACACUUGGCAUAGCACUUAAUGCGAAAGGCCUAACAAGACUUCCAUCYAAAGGACCCUCAACGAUCCACCAAAGGGGUCUCUUGUGUUUCUGGAUAGCGUCCCUGGUCCUUUAUGUGUUAAGACUCUUUAAUAGGCAUUUCCGACUUUCCAGCAGAUUCCUUGACAGUACCGAAAUUACAAAGAUAGCGGCACUAUUAGAAAAUGGCGAACUUUCACCAAGUGGGAAAGAAAAAUAUAACGACGAAGAUACAAAACCAGAGAAGCCGCCAAAACCCAUUCAAAACCUAACGAAUGAAACUUCAUUUGAUGAAUUUUUGAAAAAUGUCGUGGUUUUGGGCGCCAUUAUGCUUUAUUUCUACAUCUGCGACUACGCACAUUACUUUCCAGCGGCACCUCGCGUCUAUUCACGUGACGUCUUUAUUUUCUUGAGCCUCGUUUUGGUGUUGRUCAGCGCCUUUUUUACUACAACACGUGACUGCUCUGCAAAAUUCCUGAAUCGGGAACAGACUGAGGAAUGGAAAGGAAUUAUGCAAGUUUUGUUUGUGUGGUACCAUUAUUUCAAAGCUGUAGAGACUUACAAUGCUAUUCGUGUGUUUAUUGCUGCUUAUGUCUGGAUGACAGGGUUUGGUAAYUUUUCCUUCUUCUGGAUACGCAAAGAUUUUACAGUCUACCGUAUACUGAAAAUGCUGUUCCGACUAAACUUCCUGGUUCUGGUCACGUGUCUGGUUACAGCCAAUGAGUACAUGCUCUACUACAUCUGCGCAAUGCACACCUUUUGGUUCUUGUCAGUAUAUGCUUUAAUGAGACCGUUGUACAAAAAGAACACUGAACCGAAAGUCAUGGCCAUUAAGUUUGCAUUGUAUGCUGGGAUAGUUUUUGCGAUUUUUGAAUUCCCUACUGUUGGGAAACUCGUUUUUAAACCMUUUCGUUUUAUUCUAAACUAUAAGAACUCUCUUCACGAGUGGAUGUUUAGGGCAGGUCUAGAUCAUUAUGYAACGCUACUAGGAAUGAUAUGUGCUUACUUCCAUCCAAAUGUCGAGAAUUUUUUUACUAAUUUAGAGAGCGAAAAAAAUAUUGAUCGAACCAAGGUUUUUACACUGGCUACGAAGAUAACUCUUGCAUGUGUCUCCGUGAUAGCGUUCGUUUUAUGGGUGAGUCAUAUAUUCGUUCUUCAAAAGUAUGACUACAACCAUCUCCAUCCAUAUUUUUCCUUCAUACCCUUACUUACCUAUAUUUUGCUUCGUAAUCUGUUCCCAUUUUUAAGGGAACGCUUCAUGUUUCUUUUCACUUGGCUUGGAAAGAUAACCUUAGAAACGUAUAUCUCUCAGCUUCACAUCUACAUGCAAGGCAACGCUAAGUAUUUGAUAGUCUAUAUCCCUGGUUACCCACUGGUGAAUUUCUCCAUAGCAACAGCUGUUUAUUUAUUUAUGUCGUAUCACUUAUUCCACGUGACUGUUAACCUAAGCGCAUAUUUAAUAACGAAGGAUUUCAAGGUGAUGGGUAGAAAGGCCUUCAUUGGUUUUCUUUGGAUGGGAGSUUGUUAUAUCUUAGGGUUGUUUUUUUGUAAUCACAAGACGUUUGCCAGCUUUGUGUGAGAAUACUUCUCUUUCUCAUCGAAUGCAUACCGCUGGCUUUGAUGAACGCAGACUCAUUUUCAAAUUUAACUAUUUAUUGGGCUAACUGGUUUUGAUUUGUGGUAUAUUAUUUCAGUUGACUUUUGCACAUUUUUUAUUGUAAAACAAGUCUACACCUGUACGACAUCAUGUACGAAUGAGUCUGCARUCAAGUAUCACAGCGGUAAUUCAGAAUUGAACAAGUAAUAAGGCCUGAACGAGUAAAGUAAAGUAAUGAACGAGUAAAGAGUAAAUCGUACAAUUUGCGGUUAACGUCAAUCAAUGGGAUUUUUAUACUCAUAGUGUUGUUGGAAAAAACAAAAGGGACACGUGCCUAUGGUAGUUAUACAUUAAAAAGUCUUGAUUGACGUCCACUAAAAGAUAUCUAUUUUAAUUUGUCGCGAAGUUCCGCGCGUGUAACUCGAAGGAAUGCAAAGCUUUAAUUUAGGAAUCCGUUUGUCGUUAUUGAUAAUGGUUCCGAUUUAAAACUCGAUAUCGUUGGUGUGGUAGGGUGUUGUUUUGAGAUGGGUUUAUCUGAAUUGGACGGGUUGAUUUUAUAUAUUUUUUAAAUAGGUGUUAGUUGCYGUUAAGUCAAUGGAGCGCUCUUUUGGACAGCAGCAGUACGGAAAGUGAAACUGCAAAUGCUAAAUCACUAUUAUGCAUAUAAUUUAUAAGGCAUUAUGAUGUACGUAGGAAAGAGAGAUGCAAUGAAAAGUAAAACACAGGGGGGCUAAA